CUCCGUACGGUAAACAAAUGGCAGCGCAGGUUUAAAUCAGAGACGUUCGAAUAUUGUGGUUGUAAUACAUGAUCGGCAGAAACAUGAUCGAAACUAGCUCAGCUUACGGAACUGCUAGUAUCCAGGCGAGAUGCGUAGAAGACGUCUCCUGCUGCAUCGUGCGCGAAUAUUUGUCCCGUAAGGGACUAACAGAUACGCUGGCAAAGAUGGACAAGGAGUUUCCCCGGAAUGAAGGUUGCUUUACGGCCAGGGAUCAGCUGAUCAGAGCUGCUUUUAUGGAACGACUCGUUCGAGACAACAAGGCGAGAGAUUCUCCUUUCCGUGCGCUACUUGAGAUGCUGAUCUACGAGAGACUUCAGAAAAAGAGCGUCAAAUCCAGACACGGUUCGAAAGUGAAUCUGGUGCCCAGUGCAGGCGACAGCGCGAGGCACGUGGAGAUGAACAUCAGAAACAACAACUGCGUCCCCGUGGCUUCGAAGGAAGCAAAGUCGGAGAGCAGCGACUCCCUGAGUUCGCUCGAAGGCGCGCUUCCUGUGAGGACUGUUGCGGACACGGACCGGCCUCAGUCGGCGCGGGGCAGGCGUGAGCCUGGAGGCUUCAUAGUGCGCCGUCCUGCGAGGAACGACAUUGAAUCCGUCCACCGUCUCAUCUCCAAAUCGCAACAAUACCGCGGGCCUACCAGAGUCACAAACUCGGCGAUCCAGCGGAUGGAAGAGGCGCUGAAGCACGAGCCGGGAGUACACGACGGCGAAGGAGACAGGAUCGACACGGACCAUUUGCCUGAAAAGUAUGGAGUGAAGCCUCUUAUAUGUAUAAUGUCUAAACAUGCAAAAACGAAGGUAGAAGAAGGUGCAAAAACGUCAAGCGAAACCUCGGAGGCAACAGUUGUCUUUUGCCAAGUCCAUGAUAAAUGCUACCAUAAUACCACACUGCAGCAAACUCAAAGGCGGCUUAACCACUAUGCCGAGUCUCUGUGCUUUGCUGUGCAGCUGUCGCAAGUAUUCUCAGCCACAGUUUUAUGCAAAGGAGCCUUAAUUUUUCUUAGUCUGUUGCUCUGUAUGAUGUGUGGCACUUUUUUUUUUUUUUUUUUCUGGCGAGAUUGUAUCGUUCCUGGCCAUUGUAGACUUUCGCUGGGCACUCGCAAUGCAGGUAAUUUCGCAGGCAGCAGCUCCCAUGUGAUCACAAGGUCGGCCCUCCAGAGUGCCCUGUCGGCACGAAGUGCCGAACGGAAGUUGGUGGCUAGAGGACUGUACAGCGGGGAAGCACCGACCAAAGCCGCCCAUUCACUGCACUCCCCACGAAGCUCAGCGUUUCCUAACCUGCAAGCCGAAACAUGGACAGAGUUAGAUGCCACAAUGCCACGAUUGCAACACCCCGGCUGUGAGCCCAGCUCCCCAACAUCACCGAAGUCAUUUCUUCUUCGGAGCCAGAGUGCCCCACGGCUGGAAUUGACGAGAAGAAAAUCCAACUCUGUGGUGGCCACUGGGAGUCCAAACAACCAAACAAACAAAGACUGCACUGGCAAGGCUUCCCCAAAGCUUUCUGUGCAGGCGAACAAUGACGUACAAGUGAGCGAUGUCUCAGACCAGGAUGCAUACAUUGACCCACUUGUGAUCACUGCACAGCAGGCCACCUUCAGACCAAUAAGCCGACAGGAAGCCACUGAACUCAAGGAACUGCUGUUUGGAACUCGAAAUGGAAAAUUUGGAGAGGAGUGGGCAUCACAAGGGUUCACUUUCACAAAGUCAAAUGCUGUCCCAUAUGGCCUGCUACAGAAAAAGGGAGGACCAUGUGGCGUCCUUGCUGCAGUGCAGGCCUACAUGAUCAAGGAGCUGCUGUGGCCAGAAGGAGGUCUACAGAAUGCUGACCCAAGUGGUUUCGAAGUUGAUGUGCCACGAAGGAACGCUGCUCUGGCCAGGGCACUUGCUUUCAUCCUGUGGCAGGUGGGCGACUCAAACAAGGCCAUCGUGGCAAACCCAACUGGAGUCAACGUAUCCCCGACUGAUGGCAUCUUGGCAAGUGAUGGCAUCAUAGAAACUCUGACGCUGUCAACAUUCACAUCAAAGGCAGCAUUGCAAGAAUACUACAGUUCCUGCAUAUUUAAGCUGCAAGAGGAAAAUUGUUCAAGCUGCGUUGCUUUCUUGAUAUCUGUCCUAAUGACGCAUGGCUUCGAAAGGAUACGUGAAGAAAUGGAUGAAAGAAACAGCUCACUUAUUGGAAAACACAGUCACUGUAACCAAGAGGUUGUCAAUCUUUUACUUGUGGGCAAGGCUGUCACAAACGUCUUCGACAACAAACUGUGUUUUGGCAAAGAAGAAACAACUGUGCUGAGGGGCAUCACAUCGCGGUCAAACAUAGGUUUACUCUCACUCUAUGAACACUACAAGUCCUGCAAGGUUGGCUCGUACUACAAGGAUCCAAAGUACCCGAUCUGGAUCGUGCUGAGUGACAGCCACUUUUCAGUGCUCUUUUCCAAGUCAUUCCUGGCUCUUUCACCUGAAGACGAAAAGUUUGACCUGUUUUACUAUGACGGUCUGAACAAGCAGGAAGAGGAAGUACGACUGACAAUUGAUCCAACAGCAGGCAUUAGUAACGAAGAUGUUGUGAUGACGCCCCCUCUAGAGCUUUGCAUCCGAACAAGGUGGCAAGGAGCAUCAGUGUCAUGGAACAACGCUGAGCCCUUGCUGUGAUGCCUCACUUGUCAGGACAUUCAUUCCACCUUGUGCAGUAGCUGCAUACAGUGUUCCUUUUAUUUAUUUUAUUAUUGUAUCUAAGCAGUAAAGCAAAAUUUUGAGCUUUAAUAAUAAAUAUGCUUGUCAU